CUAAUCUGCCAUGUUGUUUUGUGGUGGAAAUGUUAUUGUGUAAAUCCAAAUUACACAGAAAACAGAAUUGUCUUCAUGACCAAACUCAAGAAGUGGAAAGGAGAAGUGAUUGUUCUUGCAGAGGUGUUAGUAUUUUCCCUCCGCUAUGAUGACAUUUUAGGGAGGCAGCCAGUGUCAGUGAGUUCAUUCACAACGCAAACAUUGAGCUGGAUAGUAGCUAGAUGCAGCAGGUGGCCUCUCGGGUCAAUUUACUCAUUAAGAUAUGGAUACAUUUAACAAGUUCACAGCUCCUGCAAGUGUAAAACUUCGCCAGCUUCAGAAGAUGGUCCAGGAUAUCAAGAACAAUGAUGGCAGUAUCCUAAACAGGCUGAGAAGAUUUAAAAACAAGUCAGCUCCAAAAGUACCUGUAAGAGACUAUCAAGGUGAUGACGUGGACUGCGAACAGUGGUCUGAAAAUGAGUUUGAGAGUGACACGUAUGAGGACCCUCAAGAGGAGAAGGAUGACAGCUAUGAGUCUCCUCCCAGUCAGAGAGUCUUCACCUCCACCUCGUCUGUCUCCUUUCCCAGGGGGGACUACGUAGACAGCUGCCGCAGCAGGCCAAACCAUCCACCCAGGAAGCCCAUCUGGCCUCCAAAGACCAAACCAUCCCCGUCACCAUCACUGCCCCCCAAACCCAACCAGCAGGACUAUGAUGAAGAAGACUACAUCAACCCAGAAAGUGACGAUGAAGGCAACUAUAUAAACCCCACAGAGGAAUCGCCUGCUAACCGUCCGAUGCAUGGAAGAGGCAAACCAGUAAUGAGCAGACCUUCAAUGUCCAAGACUGUGCCAGAGCGCUCAAAUGGCCUAGAUGUGUAUGAAGUUCCUGACAUGGAGGAAAACUCUCCUCCCCCAGUGAGCAGACCUUCCACACUCCUCAGAUUCCCUACACAGAGUUUGCCCCCUAGAGCCAGCCAAAGAAUGCACAUAAAGACAUUUAAUCCCAUCCCAGUCCAGGAGCCCAUAGAUGAUGAUGAAUAUGAAGUCUGCAAUCCAGAUGAAAGUGGCAGUACAAAGUCAGCGGAGAAACCACUGCCCGCACUUCCCAAAACAAUACCCAGAGAGACGAAGCCAUUGAAGCCAUCUUUUAGGCCGAGGCCAGAUAUUGCAUCCAGGGAAAAUGAAGGCCCAGCACUGCCCACGAGGCACAUUACCCAGAAACUCACGGCCACACCCCAGCCCUCUGAAUACAAACGUGCCAAGAUUCCUCUGCCACAGAUGUUUACCUCUCACAAACCUGACAGAGGAACUGUACCCACAGCUGAAAACGGGUUAACAGACACUGAAGAGGGGACAGAUGUCUUGAAGAAACCCUGGUAUGCCAGCACCUGUGAUCGUAAGACAGCUGAGGAUGCUUUGGUUCGCUCAAAUAAGGAUGGGUCAUUCCUAAUAAGGAAGAGCUCUGGUCAGGACACACAGCAGCCAUACACUUUAGUGGUGUAUUACAACAGUAGAGUCUACAACAUCCCAGUGCGCUACAUCCAAGCAUCGCAGCGAUACGCUCUUGGAAGGGAGAAGAAAGGAGAGGAGCAUUUCACCAGUGUUUCCAACAUCAUUGAGAACCAUCAGAGGAACCCCCUGGUACUGAUUGACAGCCAGAGUAACACCAAAGACUCUACCAAACUGUGCUAUGCUGUGAAACCUUAGGCCUCACUAAACCCUAACUAGUCCUAUGGACCAUCAGGGAUUUAAGGUUCGGACUUGCAGUCACAUCCCAAAUCAGUGCGUCUAGUGUAAGACCUGUGUGCAAGUCAACAGGCAAUUUGAUGCUGCUCUCAGUCUGAUAUUAUAGACCAUCUGUUCAGGGUUUGUGAGAAACAGUUGGAUUAGUCUAGUUACAUUCACCAGCCAUGGCUAUUCAAGCAAGACCAGAAUGAAAUUGACUUACUGUAAUGUGCUAGUCUCUCUAGACAGACAGGUUGCUUCUGGCAAUGUACCAAUGCUCCAGCUUAACACGUCUGUACGUAAUAUAACGUCAGUUUGGCAUAGAGGGACUACAUCACUGCCUUCUCCGCCUGUUGCCCACAUCCCCCGGACACAAAAUAGUAGCUAUCAAGACGAAGAUCACAGAGGUUAUUUUUAAUGAGUGCGUUUCGCAAGUGGCUGGUUUGCAUCAACUACCUUCACUAAAACCACUGCAAAGGUUUUGCCUGCAAACUUUGUAUCGUGAUUUGAUGGGAGAGGUGUCUGUCUGAAGAGGACCCUCCUGGAACCAUUUUUUCCCCCUUUUUGAAGUUACUAAGUCAGUCCGUCAUGAUUCCCAGACCCUAGUCACUGCUGUUGCCUAGGGUCGGGUUUCCGAGAAUGGUACUGUGCCAAUUCAGUAAAAUAGUUAAUGUGUGUACAUUUUCAAACUUGUGUUGAACAUUUUGCAUUCUAUGGGGUCUUUCCACCAAGCAUGGCCCCUCAGACAGUGCCAUUAUGUAUUCUUAAAGAAUAAAAUCUUGUAGAAAUAUUAUAACUAGAAAGUAACUACAGUAAGUAUGAAUGGUGUACGAUGCUGGAAAGCAACACCAGUUGAAUAAAGAAAUGUAUGCAACAUUGCGUUUUAUACUUUAUUCUUUAGUUGUGUUCAAUAAACUCAAAAUUAUUGGCAUACCUUU